GCACAGCUGACAGCUGCGGUACUGCAGCUCGAUCAUAUAUUCCAUUUCAGCUUGAGCCACAAAGCUCUCGCUCAGCACAAUUCGGUUGGUUCGUCGGUCCCCGCUGCUUAUAUACCACCUCCACACAAGUGCUGCAGGAAUAUAAUCGAUCAAUCUCUCACAGGAGAAUUAACGCACUGGAAGUCUAGGAAGAACGUCUCCUUGGGCGAGAGAUGGGAAGGCCAUCGUCGCUGUGGCUUGCGCUGCUGAUCGUCUCUGCAAUGUGCGUGCAGUUUGGCUUGUGCGGCACGGCCGUGAGCCAGAAGGCGGCGGCGGCGGCGGGAGGGUCGCCGGCGCCGGAGACGAACGAGCUGUGCGUCAGCAAGUGCGGCACGUGCCCGACGGUGUGCUCCUCCUCGGCGCCGCCGCCCCCGACGAGCAGCGGCGGAGGCGGAAGCGGAUACUCGUCACCGCCGUCGACGCCGCUGUCUCCGCCGGCGGGGCAGAAGCAGCCGCAGCCGCAGGCGACGGGGGGGCAUCCCAACAGCUACUACUACUUCUUCACCGCCGGGAGCGGCCGGAGCUGCUGCGGCGGCGCCGCGUCCGCCGCUCGCUACGCGCUGCUCCUCCUCCUCCUCGUCGCCGCCGUUUAGUCUAGUGUGGCGCUCAGCUCCGACGUGGUGUCGUGGUGUCCGUUAGCUACCACUACUGAUUAGUGAUUACUCACUUCUCCUUUACCUGGUGGUGUUGUUUCCAUGAUCUUUGCAUAUGGGGUUCCCUUGAUCAGUCGAUCUGAUGCUCUUACGCUUUCGAUCGGAUACUCUUGAUUUGUUGUUUUUCAGGUGUUAACCGGAGAUUGGUCAGAAACCAUAUGUUAUUGUUUUUGUUUCGCUUAGAAAAUUAAGGCAUCCACAGUUAACCA